CUCGAAAUACAUCGCUUCUCAUUAGGCAAUAUGACUGGUUUAUUAACAAUCGUUUUUUGUGCGGUGCCACUUUUGGUUAUAAUUUUAAUUAUAGUCUUUCAUAAAAAUUUCGUUAAACGGCAAUCGAAAUAUCUGAAAAAUGUACCAGGACCUAAACCUAAUCCCAUUUUUGGGAACAUGUUGGAUUUUGCUGUGCCUUCGCAUCAAUUUUUCAACGUAAUUGAAAGUUACAUAAAUCAACAUGGCAUGAUUUAUCAAAUAUAUGAUGGGCCUCUAAGUAGUAUGCUGAUAAUUUUAGACGAAAAACUAAUAGAAUAUGUUCUUAGUUCAACAAAAAUUAUAGAAAAAACUGAUCAAUACAAAUACUUUCAUAAUUGGUUAGGAACAGGACUGUUGACAAGUAAAGGUUCUAAAUGGAAAAAACGUCGUCGCAUGCUGACACCAGCUUUUCAUUUUUCAAUUUUAGAUAAUUUUUUAGAUGUGUUUAAUAGAGUUGGUGACAUAUUUAUGAAACAGCUAGAAAAACAUGAAGACGAAGACAGUUUUGAUAUUUAUCCAUUGGUUUCAUUGUAUACACUAGAUGUCAUUUGCGAGGCUGCAAUGGGUACUUCUGUAAAUGCACAAACCGAUGGUAAUUCCAAAUAUGUACAAAGUGUUAAAAAAAUGUGUGCCAUAAUUACCGAUAGAAACUUUUCUCCACUGGAUACACGUUUGUAUCCUCUAACACUGAAUUUUUAUAGAGAACGCUCGGCUGUAAAAGUAUUACACUCUCAUACCGAUGCUGUAAUAGAUAGAAAAAUUGAGCAGUUAAAAAACUGUGAUGAAAAAAAUGAAGAACUGAACGAUAGUGGAACAAAAAAGAGAAUGGCCUUUUUAGAUUUGCUUCUGAAAAGCACUAUAGAUGGUAUUCCUUUGACUAGAGAAGACAUUAGAGAAGAAGUAGAUACGUUUAUGUUUGAGGGCCAUGAUACUACAUCUUCAGCUAUUUCGUUUGCGAUGUAUAGCUUAGCAAAUAAUCAACGAGUGCAGCAAAAAGCAUUGGAAGAACAAAUUGAAAUAUUUGGCGGUAACAACAAAGAAGCCAGAUCAACCACAGCAGAUCUUCAAAAAAUGAAAUAUUUGGAACUUGUUAUAAAAGAAACAUUAAGAUUGUACCCUUCUGUGCCAUUUUUUUCAAGAAAAGUAAAUGAGGAUUUUGAAUGGGAAAAUUCGACAUUUCCAAAAGGUCAAAAUCUUCUAAUAAUUCCUUAUAUGGCUCAAAGAAAUGCAAAGUAUUACCCAAAACCAUUGGAAUUUAAUCCUGAAAGAUUUUUAGAAAUUGAUGGUACUAAUCCAUAUAGAUAUGUUCCGUUUAGCGCUGGACCAAGGAACUGUAUAGGUCAAAAAUUUGCCAUGCUGGAGAUGAAGAGUACGCUGUCUAAGGUUUUGAGAAGUUUCGAAUUGCUACCAUCAAACCCUCAUCAAGAGUUAAAAUUAGCACCGGAAAUAAUUUUAGUUUCAAAAAGUGGUAUACACAUUUCAUUGAAAAAAAGAAAAUAAAAAUUUAGAGGUUUCUUAUUUUUUUUAAUUUGAUAGGUAUGAAAAAUUAUGAACUAUAACACAACAAUUUAUAAUUUACAUUAGAACUUAAUUUCUAAGAUCCUUCACUCGUUCAACAGUUAAACAAGUAAAAAAUCUUAGAAAUUUAAUUCUAAAGUAAUUAUAAAUUGCUAUCUUUCUACACCAUGUCAGAAGGGUGGCUUUGAGGAGAAUUUAGGGAUGGGAUUAGAAAUUGUGUGUACCGACGAUGUUGUCUGAAUUUGAUUGAAUGUACGAAUUCGUAAAUCAAAGUGUAUGUGCUGCGAUGGUCCAAUUAGAAAAUCGCAGACCAGUCCAAGUCCGACAUCCAGGUUCGAUUUCCGGUGGUGCACGCAUUUUUCUCUUUCAUUAAUUCUCGGGUUUUUGGAAAAUUAUGAUCACACUUAUUGAAGAUCAAAGUAUUUAAUCCACAAAAUACGUGUCUACUUCAUAACGCCGGAAAUUUUAUGUACAGUAGAAAAAAAUGUUGAAAUUCUACAUAUCUGUAAUAUUGUAUUACCUAAGAAGUAAAACUGUAGUAUUAUGC